AACUAUGGCAACCCAGCUAUAAUGGCCGCCGCCAUCGCCGUUGCAACGUUAUUUGUGUGACAAGUCAUGUCAUUUUUGUCCAUGAUAUAUGAGAAAAUCCAAUGGCAGAUUAUUUCUUCGGGUUCGAAACUUCGUCAUCGAACUUAAAUGACGACGAAGGAGCCGGCGAGCCGUCAGAAGAUGAAUAUGACGCACUCAACGAUGAGACCUUUGGGCAGGCGGACGGCUUCGAUUUUGAGGAGCACGAGCAGAUGGCUUCUCAGAUCGAGAACAGCCGCCGCCACCACAGCACCCUGGACGAUGCCAACCUACAGCUGGAAGCGUCACUAUCCCAGCUAGUGCUAGACGAGAGCGAGCACACCUCAGCGCUCGGCUCGAGCGUGUGGAGGCACGAUGCGCCCUUUCAAUACCAGCCACCACAGACACAGACGCCAGCACCGAUGCUCAAGAAUGUGUGCACGGUGGAGGAGAUCGAGCGCCAGCUGCGCCAGAAACAGGCGCCAUUUCCACCCUCACAGAACUACUACCAGCCGCGAUUCCCUCCAGUCAUCCUGCAGCGCCCGCCGGGCCUCCAGGCCCCCGUGCCGCUCCCCUUCGCCCCGCAGAACAUGCCCAUCAACAACAUGAUGCCCAUGGGCCACAACCACCCCAACAACAUCAACCAGAUGGGCCAAAACCUCAACCAGAUGGGGCAGAACAUCAACCAGAUGGGUCAAAACGUCAACCAAAUGGGGCAAAACGUCAACCAGUUCAUGCAAAACGCCAACCACUACAACAACAUGCAGAACAACAUGCACCCAAACAUGCAUAUGAAUCAGAUGCCUAAUCAAGUGAAUAUGGGCCCGAACAUGAACAUGGGUCAGAAUCAGAUGAUGCCGAAUGGCAACCAGUUUCCGGGUAUGAAUCAGCCCGGUAUGAAUCAGUUUCCGCACAUGAUGCCCAGGAUGAUGCCUCCACCUGGGAUGGGUAUGCCGAGGCAGAAUUUCAAUCCGAACGUUGGACAGUUUAAUCAUAAUUUUCGUGGCCCAGCCAUCCCCUCAAAACCUGAACCAAUGAUACAGAUGCACCCACAAAAGACCCAACCGAACCAAUCCCCCCCCAAAAACGGCAAAACUCCACCAAAACUGCAGAAAAGUCGCGUCUACAACAACUCCAAAACCGCCCCGGCCAACAUGACGUCCCAAAACAUGACGUCCCAAAACCUGACGUCCCAGAACCUGGUGCAGAUGAUACAGAAUACGCACCCAAUGUUGCAGUUCAAUAAUAGUUAUCACAACGCCAGUCACCACCCGAUGCUGAAUAGGGGCUUUGGGCAGUUUCCUAAUAAUAUGCCGUAUGGGCAGAGGCCGAAUGGGACGUUCAAUAAUAAUCAUAGGCAUAUGAACGGCGACGACGUGACGGUAUUAAGCGACACUGACGAAUAUAGCGGUCUUAUGACGCAGCGCGAAAAACAGUGGCUGAUCAACAUACAGAUGCUUCAGCUCAAUACUGGCACGCCUUACAUCCAUGACUUCUAUUAUACGGUGUUCUUAGAAAGGCAGUCGCAGAAAGAGAAAGAAGGAGUGAAAGAAGCUCACAAGGCGAAUCAGCAGAACCAUCCGUUCUACAGCGGUGGUGUAAAGCAAGAGUCCCACGGCCGUGAGCGUCACAACUCGAACCGUCACAACUCCACAAGCGAGGACGCGCCGCCUCGCGCCUACGUGCCCACACAGUUUGAGAACUCGCUAGGAAAGUUGCAGUGCGGCAGCGUGACGGCGCCGCGUAAGAUCAUCGAUGUGGAGCUGGUCGGCGGCGCGGAGCCCUCCGCCGUGCCGUCGCGGGCCAACAGCGUCGCCAGCACCACCAACCCCGCCGAGGUCCCUCGAGAAAUGCGUAGAACGAAACAACUACUAUUGGACAUUGAGGCAUUAUAUCUCAUACUGCUUAGGCUUGAGGAGCUGAACGAUCCUCUGGCGAUAUCCAACGCGCUCAUACUCAAGGAAAGAGAAGAGAAGCAGAAGCAACUAGAAGCGGCGCAGAAGGAAGCGCUAGAGAACGAGCUAGAAGAAGACUCCAACGUGUUUCUGAGGAACAUCGAAUCCGUGCAGCGGAGGCCUAAGCAGGACAGCCCUAAGAGCGAGAGCGUAGAUAAGAGACAGGUGGUGAAUCUAGCAGUGAACCAGAAACCCCCGCCAGUCAAGAACCUUCUGGACGAAAACAAAGACGAGCUGGUCGACAAAAUGUUCGCCGGCUUACUACACGCGGACAGGCUCGCGCAAAUGCUCACUGUUAGAAAAGGACGGGCGCUGGUGGCGCGGUUCCUGGCGCGGCUGGGCGCGGGCUCGGGCUCGGGCGCCGUGGCGCGCGGCCGCGCCGUGUGGGCGCGCGCGCUGCGGGCGCUGCCCAGCGCCGCGCGCCGGGACGGCGGAGGCCUGGCCGCGCUGGCCCCUCACUACAGGAAAUACAUACAAAGCGCGACAGGCUGGAACCCAAUCUUGGAGUCGUGUGGGCUGCUGGCGGAGGCGUUAGACCCGGCGAGGACUCCGUACGCGCUCACUACACCCCUAACCCUAAGCUGCGUGUGCGCCCUAAUAGAGAAGGCGUCCCUCCUCGUCAACACCCCCGAGGCCACCUCCAACGAGCGCCAGUGGUACAAGUUCCUCAAAACCCUCGCUCGAGCUCUCAAAACCACCACUCUAACCGUCGCUAAACCCGUCACACCACUCCCUGAAAACAAACUGUUGUUCCACUUAAAACAACUAGAAUCUAGGACUACGAUAGAGAUCCUACAGAGAGGUAAAAGCGCUGAAUUCGCUGAUCUAUCUAAAGCUGAUGUGACGGAGCAGUUGAUAAAACAUCUCUGCUGAUGGUUCAUUUUAUCGUGCGUCAUAGUUAGCACGUUGAAAACACUGGGAAUAAAGAUGGAGAGCGCAUCGCUAAGCUACCGGAAAAUAAAUUACUAAUUCAUCACUUAAUUCCAGUCACGGAACAAAUAAUAAAACAUCUAUGCUGAUGAUGGAUCAUUGUAUCGUACGUCAUAGUUAGCACGCUGAAAACACUGCGUCAUGGGAAUGAAGAUGAAAAUCGCGUCAUAUCGCGGACAGAAAACAAGAUACCAUUCAAUUUGAAACUAGGGUCUAGGUCUCUAGGACGAAUAUAGAGGUCCUACGGGUAAUAAUGCUGAUAAUAGGUGUGUUAGCGUGCGUCACAUUUAGCGCGUACGCGCGUACGUCAUCUAUAAUGAAUAAAAGACUACGUCAUGUACGCAAACGGAUAAAAAAAAUUGUACUAAAUAUAGUUUGCGUCAUAAUUACCGAACAAAACGAAGCAAAAAUUGGCGAACUUACGAAAGUAAGAAAUGGGUGUGAAAAGAUCUUAAUUUUAUUAUUAUUGCAAAACUAUACUUUUAAAUAACAGGCAAUGGUCAACAUCUUAGACGAUAAAGCGUCAUAUGUAGCUGAAAUCAUUGCUUUGCUUGCACGUCACGCGAGUAAUGUGAAAGAGUUCAACGACACCUGUGUGUAUUGUGAUUAGUUUAUGCGUCAUUUUUAGCUGGAAACUUAUUUGCGUCAUAUUUACAUGUUACAUAUUUUUACGACUGUACUGAAAUUGAAAAAAAAAACCUUCGCAUCUUCUUACAUUUGACUAUCGUCCCGCGAAAAAUGGUAUGUUUUCAGCGACAUGACGCGACAUUUGACAAGUUUACUAGUUUUCACAAUAUGGGUGUUAUGUUGUGAUUGUGACACAACGAUCUCGAUUAUUUUCUUAACAAAGUAGCCAGGGGGUUUUGAAUUGUCAAAAUGCCAACCAACAAACAUAAAAAAAAACUAUUAAAUUUAAUGAUCUUUGCAUACUGACGGUAGACGUGUAUAUUAGUUUUCACGACGAUAUGUUAUGUGACACUAUGGUAUCGCAUGUUUUUCAAGCAGAUGCGUUAUUUCUAAUUGAUAAAUGCCUUACAAUGCAAGUUAGUUCGUUUUUGACUAAUAGUUUUUACACAUUUCAUUUUAUAUCUUGUUAAAAAGACAAAAACGAAUAACAAGAAAUAAUUGAUGCACCGAUAAAGAUCUAUACACAAAUGUUGGUAACCCAGACGAUACUUUACGUGCAUAUAAUAUUUCCAUAUUAAAUAAAGUCUGUCAAGCCAUUUCCGUCAGUAGAAAAAAGCGGCAAAUUUAAAAAAUGUAGGCGCAAAGGUUAAUCGUCAUAUAGAAAAUAUGAAUUUUGCGCCUUUUUCUACUGACAAAGUUGUUUGAUAUUUGCAAUGUUACAUUUGAGUUCUCGAAAAUUAGUAUAAGUGAACAUUUUGAAAUGUUUUUAACUCGUUUCGUUUAUUGGCUCAAAAUAGAAACACACCAGUCCAAUAAAAAACAACGGGUUGCACUCCGGGAGUGCCGGCAGAAGUGAAAACUCAAUGACAUUGUAACAGUUUUUCGAUCAGGUCACGUGUCCGUCUUACGUCUUACGAAUCUUACGGUCACGUGACCUGUCGCGAGUGUAACAUUUUCCCCAUCACAAAAAGUGCACACAGCGCCGCUAAAGAAGUUUUCACUUCAAAAACUAUAAUCUCCAUACGAAGUUGUAUUCCUACAAGUAAGUUUGUCUAAAUGACAAAUCUCAGACACAAAUAUUUGAUUUAGCUGGUCAACUUUUAAAUCAGUAUGAGUUUGGAGGUUUUAUUUUUUUUUCUUUAUAAUUGAAACAACCCCCUUAUUCAUAAAACUUUACGGGCCUGAUUUAGUUAAAUUAUGUUUUGUCCCUCUCUUACAAAUACAUAAGUCAAAAUGACAGAUAAGGACAAACGAUUGAGGUUUGUUGUGCGUUUAUGAAUAAGGGGUUAAUUGUUUUGCAAACAUUUAUAAAUUAAGUAUUUUGGUGUUACAAUUUUAAUGUCUAAUAGAGAUAGACCAAGCUAAGUAGGCAGCGUUUUGCGCAUUGGCCAUAUAUGAAUCGCCCAAUCAGUACAUGAUAGUUUUUGUAUGACGUCACAUAUUUUCGCGCAAUUUUAUCUCUGUAAAUCUUUUCCUUAUCAUGAAUUUAGUGAUAAUUGUAGAUAAUAUUGCGCAAAAAUGAUCGUAUUUAUACGAUUCGUAUAUCGAUACGUAGUGUGUGGCUGUACAAAGUACCAACUGUAGUCACGGGGGUUUUAAAUUGUCAAAAUGCCAACCUUUGUGAAAUUAUUGCGCCUUGAAGAACAAACAUCAAAAGUCAAGUCUUAGAAUGUAAUCUGUUAAAUAAUUCAGAUCUUUCCGUACUAACAAAUUUUCUUUCUUAUCCUGUUCUAUUAUGUGGCUUAUGCGCUUUAAGACUUGGGUUUAAGUGUUCUUCAAAGCGUAAUAUACAUUCAAUUACAAAUGUGAGUGGUUAUCAUUUGUGUAAUUUAAAUUCCCCGUGGCUACAAUACUAAAUACCCAAUUCGACUUAACAGGAAUCGGAUCUUAAUCUGAUAUUUAAGUAAUUUUGCAAUAAAUAUUCAUGCUUUGACACAAUAAGGCAGGUAAAUGUUUCUCACUUAGGCUUAUUCGUUGUAAGCCUUCGUCCCUCUCUUUCUAACGCGUUAGAGUGAGACGAACGACCGCUUCGACAUUCGAAACGCACUGUCGAGUACGUUAUACAAAUCGUUACAUAUUUUAUGUUAUUUAACAUUUUUACGUACAAUUCAUGUCAAUUUUCAUGUUAAAAUCAAGAUCAAUUGAACUAUUUUGCCAUCACAAAAAAUAAAUGAUUUUUCUAUGUAAAAAAAUUGAAAAUUGACAUGAACAGCCAAUAUGUAAUAUUAAUAUUAAAAAAAGCCUUUAAAAUCAUUUAUUCAUUUAUUUAUGUAAAUAUUAAGAAAUAAAGCAGGUAACAUUAAACUUAGUUAAUACAUCUAAAUAGAUCUAUUUAUUAGCACGGGGAUUUAAAUAAUAUUAAAAAAAAAAUCAAAAAAAUAUCCAUUGAAUUUAACAUUAUGGAGGAUAUAUGUUUUUCAGUCCAUAAAAAUUCAUGGAUUACAACUGAAACGAGGAUCGAUUUUUCACAUAUUUUUUCGCUUAAAAAAAGCGACGUAUUUUUUUCAAAUUCGCUUUUUUCGAAAAAGUCGGUCCUCAACGGCAAAAUCACAUUUCGACAUUUGUUUAACUUAAUGUGACUAGCUUAAAAUUAAUGUAAAAAAAAGCUUUUUUUUUCUCAUGUAAAGAGCGACUCAAAAAUUUUAGACUAAAAGUAGUGUUUAUUGUAUAAACAUUUAUUGCGAUAUGUAGGAAUACCUCAAUGCUUUCAAAACUUUAAUUACAUCGCUCGAUAAUAUAAAGUAUACUAAUAGCAUUUAGUAAUUGGAGACGUCAUGGCUUUCAUUUUCUGUACGAAACUGUCUGCCGAUUUCUGCGGGGAGGGGGGAUUUUUGUGUUAGCUUGACAGCCGAACUAGAUGGCGCUGUCCAUGUUUUUGGUAACUCAAUAGACCAACGUCAACUGGCAACCAGGGCCAACGCAUAUUAGCGCCAUCUACAUUACGCUGCCCCAAUAUUACAGGGUUUUAUGUUACAUUUUCAAGAUAGUUGUAAGUCGACUUAAUGUCACUAUGACAAUGUUCAAAUUUCAGUUCGAUAAAAGUGAAACAUAGAACCCUGUAAUAUUGGGCCAGCGGUUAGUGUUCGUUAAUAGUUAUACCUAACAGAAUGUUAUAAAUAGUGAUAAAAAAAACUACAUAGGGCAAUUCGCCAGUAACUAGGGACCUGUUAGUAACUGGCCACCCUGAACUUAAAAUGAAUUCUAUUCACCUAUAAACAGAAUUCAUUUUAGUAUAAGGUUAGGUGGUGUUAGGUUAAGUUAUUGAAGGCUGGCCAGUUAUUGAAACCUUAUAGUAAAAUGAAUUUUGUUUUAGGUAGAAUUCAUUUUUAGUUUAGGGUGGCCAGUUAUUGGCCGGUGGCCAGUUACUGGCGAAUUACCUAUGUCGAUCGUAAAGCAUUGAGGUAUUUCGUUAAAUUAUAAUUUUAAAAUUGUAUAUAUUAUAUAAAAAAAAAUCAACUGCCAAUUCGCGUCAUAAGUUUUAAGAACUUUGUUAGAGCGUUUUUAACCAACCUCCGCUGGGUGGGUAAUGUGUUACCAAAGAGAAUAGAGUGUAUAGAGAGUUACUGUCAUGGUAAAUUAUGUAGCCACAGUACAUUUACUGCCAUCUUUCGACAGAAGAUUAAAACUGUUAGAACGCCAUUUGACUUUGGUCCUUAUUCUUUCACUGAUAUGUGUCAACUUGUUAAUAUUAAUAUUAACGCCAUCUACUCGAGAGUAGGCUGAAGGUUAUGGCGCCAUUGCUCGAAAAGAUUGCACCAUACCUUUGGCCUAUAGUCGAGUAGAUGGCGUUGAUAUAAUAUAUUUAACAAGUUACCACAUAUCAGUGAAAGAAUAAGGAUCAAAGUCAAAUAGCGUUCUAACAGUUUUAAUCUUCUGUCGAAAGAUGGCAGUAAAUUUACUGUGGCUAAUUAAUUUACUUAGACAAGCCGCCUCUAUUUCAAAUUGUCUUUGGUGUUACGUUACAGCGGGGGAGAGGAGGUGUAUUCUUUUUUUACUGUUGGUAGUUUUUAGUUUUUUUUUUAUCCGUGAAAUAAAUGAAUAGAAAAU